GUAGCCGCUAUCACAUGAAGGAGUGAAUAGAUUUGCAAGCUUAGAACUGCUUAUCGAUUUUUAGAGUAGAAUAAUUCUACGAUUUCUGUGCAACUAUUAAAUAAUGAACAGUAUUGGUGAUAAUUGUACCGAGCUAAAGAAAAAGUACGAUAGCUGCUUUAAUCAAUGGUUCUCGGAACGGUUUCUCAAAGGUGAUACGGACGAUUCGGUGUGCGCUCCGUUGUUUAAAGUAUACCAGCAAUGUGUGAAGGACGCCAUGAAGGUUCAGCAUAUCGAGUUCAAGGAAGUUGAAAGUGAUGUUUUGGGAUCGGAAAGGGAGCAAAAGGUUCCACCGAAAUCCGGUAGCAGCAGCAGUUGACCCUAGAGCAGCAACAGGUAUUGCCUUUCCAGCGACGAGCGCCGGAUGCCAACAACAACAACCAUUCUCCCAGCUUCACGGACUUGGUGUGCGCUGAUUUAUUGGGGUUGCGAAUGACGAUGGGCAAGUUAACGCGUGAUAUUAAAUGUGAACUUGUACUCUUUCCCCUGGCAUCAUUUUCCAAACAUACGAAACAGAAUGACUAUAUUCGUUUCUAGUCGAAAGGUGAAAAAAUAUUUACGAUAAAUCUGUCGUUGAUGUACGUAAGUUUUUACUUUAGUUAAAAGUAGUAGUAGUAGUUCGCGUUUAAGAAUAACAGUUGCUUUAUUUAGUUAUU